CCGGCAAGUGUCGAUUUUUAUUGGUCCAAGUCGCGCGCAGCAUGUUAAUUGACAACAACGGACGGUAGCUGGCGAAUGAUAAAAUAAACGUGCGCCGAUCGAACGUGAAUCGAGGAUCCAGGACCCCACGCGACAGUCACCGAGGAGACCCGAACCGGGCGCGUGAGAAACCGCAGCGAGGAACCCAGAAAGUGGGGGGCUUGGUGGAAUCGUCGAAUCGAAUCGAAUGUUGCGCAACCUUCUGUCCCCGCAUGUACUUAGCCACCGAACCGAUUCCGAAUCCGAAUCCGAACCACCAACCACCUAACAACAACCACAUCACGCCAUCCGCUUACAUCUGAUAAUCGAAUUUGGCUAGGCGAUGAAAAAGCGCUCCAAUUCACGUGGCACCCCGACCUCGUCGGGCGAUGUCUCCUCCUCCUUCGCCGGCGACGACGAAGGGGAUCAUCCCGCCUUCAAGUCGGGGGCUGCCAGUGCCCCGGCCACGCCCACCAAGCGGCGGGACGGCAGCGAUGGCAGUGGCAGCAGUGCGGGCGCCAGGAGGAAACGGAAGGAGGAGAUCGCCCAGACCUUUGUGAUCGUCAACGAGCGUCCUGUGGACGACAUAUCGCUGGACUUCUUCUACAAGCCACACACCAUCACCCUGCUGGCGGUUUCCGUCCUCGCCGUCAUGUACUUCGCAUUCGUCAGAAACGAGGCGAACGUGGAUGAGAAUCUCUGGGCCGGCCUCCUCUGCAUUGUGUUCUUCUUUCUGAUCAUCUCGGUGAUUGCAUUUCCCAAUGGACCCUUCACACGACCCCAUCCCGCCGUCUGGCGGAUACUGUUCGGAUGCUCCGUGCUGUACCUGCUGACGCUGCAAUUCCUGAUGUUCCAAAACUACCCGACCAUCAGGAGCAUAUUCUACUGGAUCGAUCCGAAGUUAAAGAACUUCCACAUCGACAUGGAAAAGGAAUAUGGCGUCAAUUGCUCGGACAUCAGUUGGGAUCGUGUCAAAGGUCACCUGGACGUCUUCGCCUGGGGCCACUUUUUGGGCUGGGCCUUCAAGGCCAUCCUGAUCCGCCACAUGGGCAUUCUGUGGGCCAUUUCUGUGAUGUGGGAGAUCACCGAAAUCACCUUUGCUCAUCUGCUGCCCAACUUCAUCGAGUGCUGGUGGGAUGCUCUCAUUCUGGACGUGAUCAUCUGCAAUGGCCUGGGCAUUUGGAUGGGUCUUAAGAUCUGCCAGAUCCUCGAGAUGCGCGAGUACAAGUGGGCCAGUAUCAAGGACAUAUCCACCACCACGGGAAAAAUCAAGCGAGCCAUGCUGCAGUUCACGCCGGAGAGCUGGUCAGCCAUCCGCUGGCUGGAUCCCAAGUCCACAGCUAUGCGAUUCGCCGCCGUCAUCCAGCUGGUGAUCUUCUGGCAGGUCACCGAGCUGAACACGUUCUUCUUAAAGCACAUCUUCGAAAUGCCGCCGGAUCACUUCAUUGUGAUCGGCCGCCUCAUAUUCAUCGGUCUGUUUGUGGCGCCUUCGGUUAGGCAAUACUAUGUAUAUGUCACCGAUACACGCUGCAAGAGAGUCGGCACCCAGUGUUGGGUUUACGGCGCCAUCAUGGUCUCCGAAGCCAUUCUGUGUAUCAAGAAUGGCAAGGAGUUGUUUGAGCGCACGCAAGCCAUCAACAUUGUCCUGUGGCUGACUAUCCAAGUGAUAAUCUCGGUGGCGUUCGUCUACCUGGCAGUAUACUGGCAGCAACGGCAGCUAAAAAAGGUUUCAUCCACGCCCACGAAAAGAAAAAGCAGUCCUGCCCUCUCAUCUUCGCCUUCUAAAGGUAAAUUGUCGCCGCAAAAAGAGAAGAAAGUAAAAUAAGAAGUUGAUAAGAAUUAAUCACACUUGAAAGCUACAGAAACAAAGUGGAUCAGGCCAUUCUAUGAAAGAAAAACCAAAACAUGAGAAUUAUGUACAUACACUAAAGCAAACUGUACUGAUUAAAUUAAAUACAUAACAUGUGAAUAUAUAUAUGUAUAAAAGAUA